AUGAUAUUUAGCAAAGGUCUAGUGCAAAAUUAAGAGUUUUGGAAUAAAUCUGACAUUCCAAUAUUUGAUAAGGAGGACUUUCAAAGUGUUUAAGUGUUAAUGGGGAAUUUUACAAAAGUUGGGAGGACCUUCAAAUAGAGAUGCCUCAGAACUUACUUUUUGGUGAAAUAAUUUUUAUUAUACUCGGAUGUGGGAAGUGGAAACAAUAUUAAAGGAUUUGUAUAAUUGGAUACUGUAUAUUGUUAAUUUAAUUAAUUGGAAACAGGAUUUUAAAUAGCAUUAAUAAAUAAUGGUUACUAAAUUCACCUGAAUACAGAGGACAAGCAACAAUUCAAAAUCUGGGUAGAUGCUUUGUCUAAUUGUUGUAUCUUAAGUGAUUUCGAUAAAGUAUACAAACUGGGAAUACAAAUAGGUUAAGGAAGUUUUUCAACAGUAAACCAAAAUAUUUAUUUUAAGGUUCAUUAAUGUUCGAAUGGGGAUGGUGAGAUAUUUGCUGUAAAAAUAAUAAAAAAACAAACAAUAAAAUAAUUUAAUAAAAAUAAGAGUUAUGAGGAAUAAUUAUUAAAUGAAAUCUAAACUCUUAGAAUGUUUAAUCAUGCUAAUAUUUUAAAAUUAUACAGAGUUUAUGAGAAUCAACAAAAAAUAUGUUUAUUGACUGAAUACAUCGAUGGUCCAGAGUUGGUUUCGUAACAGUCUUCAAAAAAGAUCUAUUCCUCGGAUGAUUUAAGAAUAAUGAUAAUUCACCUAUUCAGUGCAGUUGAAUAGAUUCAUUAAUAGAAAGUGAUGCAUAGAGAUAUUAAACCAUAAAACAUCAUAUUAAAUAAUAAUAAUAUACAGAACCCAGUUCUAAUUGAUUUUGGAUUGGCAGCAUUUACAUGUUAGAACAAUGUGCCUUUUCCAUAAUGUGGAAGUCCUGGCUAUUCAGCCCCUGAAGUAUUGAAAUAUGAUGAAUCUAAAAAGAUAUACAAUCAAUAAUGUGAUAUCUUUAGUUUGGGAAUAACUUUAUUUGUUGUUCUUUAUGGUUAUAAUCCAUUUAAGCAAAAUGAUUUAAAAUAAACCAUUAAAAAAAAUACUGAUGGAUAUUUCGAAAUACCUUCAUCCAAAUAUCCAAAAUCAUUGGAGAAUCUAAUCUGCCAAAUGACAAAAAAGUACCCUAAGGAUAGAAUUACCAUUAGAGACGCAUUAGACCAUUCCUUUUUCAAGACUCCUUUUUUUUGUUAAAUUCAGUUGCCAAAAUAAAUUGUAUCUAAAUAAUAUCGUGACAUCAUUGCCAAAGGAGAAAAUAACACUCAUAUUCAUGCCAGCAUGGAAAUGGAUUAGAAUAUCAAUUAUGUAAGCCAAGCUAAUACUUAAACUACUCCUCAAAACAAUGGAUAUAAAAAUAGAACCAUUUCAAUAAUGAGUGUGCCUAUUAGCAGAAAGAGCUAAGACUAUUAAAAAUAACAAGAGAUUAGUUCAUAUUCUAGAACUUCCAAUGAUAAGGAUUGUAAUCCACAGGAUAAAAUUCGUAUACCGUCUAAGACAUUAUCUUAUCAAAAAAACAUUUAAUUAGAUUUUGAGGACGAAUAUCAACUGAAUUGUUUGGAACAUGAUAAUAAUUUUGUAGAUCAAGAACAUUUAUAUAAACUUAACUUCUCUAUUAACUAAAAGUUAUUUUAAACCUCUAGGCUUAGUGUAAAUAAACACGAUAAUUGA